UGGUUUUGGUCUUAUUACCCUUUCACGAAAAUAUAGGCUUUCACUUCGGGAAGCGACACGAACCUUCUUCCUUCGCCCUUUUCUCCGCUCCUCGCUGUCGUAGCCUCCGCCGCCGCCGGCCGCAAGCUCCGCCGCUGCAAAGCUAUCGAUUGGAGUCUCUGCACUUCUUAUUGUCAGCUCCACCUGCCCUAGCUCUGUUUCCGAUAAAUCCGGUUUGCUGCUGUCAAAUCGGCUCGGCGGACUUCUCAACUAGUAGGGAAUUGCAUCGUUGACGCCAUCGGAGAAGGCAAAAAGAAAAGACCUUCUGCGUUGCGUAAGUGCAAGUUGUAGAAGUGACAAGGGCAAAGGAUUCUUGCAAUGCAUCGUGUUGGAAGUGCAGGAAAUGCAUCUAAUUCAGUUCGCACUCGCAAGGAAAAGAGGCUGACAUAUGUAUUAAAUGAUGCAGAUAAUUCAAAGCACUGUGCGGGUGUAAACUGCUUGGCUGUAUUGAAGUCAUCUGGACAAGAGGGAUGUGAUUAUCUCUUCACUGGUAGCCGUGAUGGCACAUUAAAGAGAUGGACUUCAUCUGGUGAUCGUGCCACUUUCUCCGCUACAUUUGAGUCCCAUGUUGAUUGGGUUAAUGAUGUUGUGCUUACAGGUGGUAACAGAUUGGUUUCUUGCUCCUCAGAUUCAAGUGUUAAGGUAUGGAAUUGCUUGUCUGAUGGAACAUGUGUCAAGACAUUUCGCCAACACGCAGAUUAUGUAACUUGCCUUGCUGCAGCGGAGAAAAAUAGCAAUGUCAUUGCCUCUGGCGGACUUGGCGGUGAAGUUUUCAUAUGGGAUCUUGAAGCUGCCCUUACUCCUGUUUCCAAGUCCAAUGAUACAAAUGCAGAUGAUUGCUCAACUAGUACUAAUGGCUUGGGACCUUUGCCAAGUACAGGUCUUCGGCCUAUUAGCUCAAGCAAUAACAUUUCUGUACAUGCUACUCAAGGUCAAGGCUAUGUUCCUGUUUCAGCUAAAGGCCAUAAAGAGUCGGUUUAUGCACUAGCCACAAAUGAUCGCGGAACACUCCUUGUUUCUGGUGGAACUGAGAAAGUUGUCCGUGUUUGGGAUCCAAGAACUGGCUCGAAAACAAUGAAGCUUAGAGGGCACACAGAUAAUAUUAGAGCACUACUUUUGGAUUCUACCGGAAGAUAUUGUCUAUCUGGGUCCUCUGAUUCUAUGAUAAGGUUGUGGGAUCUUGCUCAGCAGCGAUGCAUUCAUUCCUAUGCUGUGCACACUGACUCUGUCUGGGCACUUGCCAGCACUCCUACAUUUAGUCAUGUUUAUAGUGGUGGAAGAGAUCGUUCUUUGUAUUUGACAGAUUUGGCAACAAGAGAAAGUGUAUUAGUAUGUACCGAAGAACAGCCUAUACUGCAAUUGGCUUUACAUGAUGAUGGUGUAUGGGUUGCCACAACAGAUUCUACGGUACACAGAUGGCCAGCAGAAGCACAUAAUCCAAUGAAAUUAUUUGAAAGAGGGGGUUCGUUUUUAGCUGGCAAUUUGUCAUUUUCAAGGGCAAGGGUUUCGCUAGAAGGUUCUAUGCCCGUUCCUGUCUAUAAAGCACCGUCUUGUAGCAUUGAUGGAGCUCCAGCUAUAAUGCAAUAUGAAAUUUUAAAUAAUAGAAGACAUGUGUUGACUAAGGACACUUCGGGUACAGUGAAGCUAUGGGAAAUUACAAAAGGCAUGGUUAUUACAAACUAUGGAGAGGUUUCAUUUGAGAAGAAGAAAGAAGAAUUGUUUGAGAUGGUAAGUAUUCCUGCAUGGUUCUCGGUUGAUACAAGGCUUGGGAGCUUGUCAGUCCACUUAGACACACCUCAAUGCUUUUCUGCUGAGAUGUACUCAGCGGACCUUGACAUUCAUGGGAAACCUGAGGAUGACAAGGUUAAUUUGGCAAGGGAAACCCUGAAAGGACUAUUGGCACAUUGGUUAGUUAAAAGAAGGCAAAAAAGCGGAUCUCAAACAUCAAAUAAUGGAGAAAUUCCAUCAGGAAAAGAAAUAUCUUCCCGGACUUUGACUCUGUCUCGAGUAGAAGGAGAUGGUUAUGUGGAAAAUGACUCGAUGGUAUACCCGCCCUUUAAUUUUUCUGUCUCUUGCCCUCCUUCCAUUGUUACUGAGGGCUCUCAUGGGUGCCCUUGGCGAAAGAAAACCACUGAAUUAGAUGGUUCUGAAGAUGAGAAGGACUUCCCUUGGUGGGUUCUUGAUUGUGUGCUGAAUAAUCGCAUGCCUCCAAGAGAAAACACCAAAUGUAGCUUCUAUUUGCAUCCAUGUGAUGGUGCUACUGUGCAAAUUAUUACACAAGGAAAACUCAGUGCUCCUCGCAUUCUGAGAAUACAUAAAGUCAUCAAUUAUAUCAUAGAGAAAAUGGUUCUUGAGAAGCCAUUGGAUAGUUUGAGUGUUGAUACUUUUGCUCCUGGAGGUCAGCUUUCACAUCCUCUUAUUGGAGAUGGUUCACUACGCCCUGGGAUGAAAUCCGGUCAAAAACUCAAGCCUAAUAUCGAGAUCCUUUGCAAUAACCAGGUAUUAUCUCCCGACAUGAGCUUAGCCACGGUCCGGGCUUACAUAUGGAAAAAACCUGAAGAUCUUAUCCUUAACUACAGAAUUGUGCAGAACAGAUGAUAGAAUAUUUUGUAAGGAGUGUUGUACUGUGCUUGGUCGAUCAUGUGUAGGUUGCUUGUAAAUAAUCUUGAGUUGUGCAUCCCCACAUGCCGUUUGAUGCAAUCAUGUGAUCUGCCCUAUACAUUGGAUUCGAAUAAAAAAACAUCAUGGAAGAAACAAAAAAGGUCGAGCAACGUGGCGGCUGGGAAUUUCGGACAUCGAGUCGGGAGUUGAAGCCCCUUAUUGUGAGUUUUCUUGAACUUUUGAAGCUUGAAGAAAUUGAUUGCAUCAUGAGGAUUUUAUUUUCGUUUAUAUUUUUUCUUCACAAAGGAUGGAUUGGAUGAUCCCUGAACUUACAUUUAGCCAAAAUGUUACAAUACUGUUUCUGAAGGUGAAUAGCUUUCUAUAUAUCUAUAUCUAUAUAUCUAUAUAUAUGUUAUGGAAUAAUAUGUUUUAACUCACUUCUGUUAUUUAAUUUAUGACCUGUGUUGUUUGUUAUUUGAACUUUAAAAAUUUUGUAGUAUCA